UUCUCUUCCUCUUACCCACAAGCCUUUGGCACAAUGAAGUGGGUAACCUUCAUCCCCCUUCUUUUCCUCGUCAGCUCUGCUUAUUCCAGGGGUUUGAUUCGCCGAGAAGCACAUAAGAGUGAGAUUGCUCACCGGUUUAAGGAUGUGGGAGAAGAACAUUUCAAAGGCCUGGUCCUGAUCGCCUUUUCUCAGUAUCUGCAGAAGUGCUCCUAUGAAGAACAUGCGAAGUUAGUGAAUGAAGUGACUGAGUUUGCAAAAACAUGUGUUGCUGAUGAGUCGGCAGAAAACUGUGGCAAAUCACUACACGACAUUUUUGGUGACAAAAUCUGUGCGAUCCCAACCCUCCGUGAUGCUUAUGGCGACUUGGCUGAUUGCUGCGCAAAACAAGAACCAGACAGAAACGAAUGCUUCCUCAAACACAAAGACGACAACCCGGAGUUGCCUCCGUUUGUAAGACCAGAGGCUGACGUUUUAUGCGCCUCCUUCCACGACAAUGAAAAGGCAUUCUUUGGACAUUAUCUACAUGAAGUUGCCAGAAGACAUCCUUUCUUUUAUGCCCCAGAACUGCUUUACUAUGCUCAGAAGUACAAAACCAUUCUCACCGAGUGCUGCGCAGAGGCUGAUAAAGGCGCCUGCCUGACACCCAAGCUUGAUGCUCUGAAGGAAAAGGCAUUGACUGAUGCCUUCAAUGAGAGACUCAAGUGCGCCAGUAUUCAGAGGUUUGGAGAGAGAGCUUUCAAAGCAUGGGCACUAACUCGUCUGAGUCAGAAAUUUCCCAAGGCUGAUUUCGUGGAGGUUUCAAAAUUAGUGACAGAUCUGGCCAAGGUCCACAAGGAAUGCUGCCAUGGUGACCUGCUUGAAUGUGCAGAUGACAGGGCAGAACUUACCAAAUACAUCUGUGAUCAUCAAGACAAAAUCUCUGGUCAACUGAAGGAAUGCUGCGACAAGCCUCUGUUGCAAAAAUCCCACUGCAUUGCUAAUGUGCAUCACGAUGACGCACCUGCGGACCUGCCCACAUUAGCUUCUGUGUUUGUUGAGGAUAAGGAUGUUUGCAAGAAUUUCCAAGAGACAAAGGAUGUCUUCUUGGGCUCACUUUUGUAUGAAAGUGCAAGAAGGCACCCUGAUUUCCCUGUCACUGUGCUGCUGAAAUUUGCCAAGGUCUACGAAACCACCCUGGAGAAGUGCUGUGCCACUGAUGACCCUCACGCAUGCUACGCCAAAGUGUUUGAUGAAUUUCAGCCUCUUGUGGAUGCGCCCAAGGCUUUAAUCAAACAAAAUUGUGACCUUUAUGAUGAACUGGGCGAGUUCAACUUCCAGAAUGCGCUUAUAAUUCGUUACACCAAGAAAGCACCUCAGGUGUCAACUCCAACUCUUGUGGAAGUAGCAAGAGGCCUAGGAAAAGUGGGCUCCAAGUGUUGCAAGCUUGGUGAAGCUGAAAGAUUCCGUUGUGUGGAAGACUACGUUUCUGUGAUCCUGAACCGGUUCUGUGUGUUGCAUGAGAAGACACCCGUGAGUGACAGAGUCACCAAAUGCUGCACAGAGUCCUUGGUGGACAGGCGAGCGUGCUUCUCUGAACUGACUCCUGAUGAAACCUAUGUUCCCAAGGAAUUUCAUGCUGAAACCUUCACCUUCCAUGCAGACAUAUGCACUGUUCCACAACAUAAGAAGGAAUAUAAGAAACAAAAGGCACUUGUUGAGCUGGUGAAAUACAAGCCCAGCGCCACGAAGGAACAACUGAAGAAGGUGGUGGGAGACUUCACAGCCAUGCUGGAGAAGUGCUGUGCUGCUGAUGACAAGGAAGCCUGCUUUUCAGAGGAGGGUCCAAAACUUGUUGAGUCGAGCAAAGCUGCCUUGGCCUAAAAGCAUCACAACAGCAAUAAUCUCAGCUUACUCCGAGACUCAGAGAAGAGGAAUGAAGACCCAGAGCCUGUUCAUCUGUUUUUCUUUUCUGUUGAUAUCAAACAAAUACCUUGUCGAAGGAAUAUAAUUUCCUUCAUCAUUUGGCCUCUUUUCUCUGUGCUGCAAUUAAUAAACAAUGGAAAA